GCAAGGAAGAAGAGAUUGGACAAAUGUUGAAAUUUGUUUGAAAAAGGAAGAAGAAAGAGACAAGAUCCCAGAAAAGCGUGCCUACGCCAGUUCCUGUCGUACGGCUCUUUCAUCGUCCAUCCUUUUCCUCCCCUUUCCUUCGCUUUCCUUUUCUUCUGACUCACACCUCUUCUUUUUCCUUUCUUCCUCACUCUCCUAUUUCGUAAACUCGUGAGAAGUUGAGUUCAGUUUACUAUUGAAGCUGAAGAGAGGCUGGAGGAAGAGGAUGUUUCCGAGACUAAUACACCCUCAUGAAAGCAUAAUCGAAGAUUUGGAGGGUGCUUCGAACCACAACAAUCACAAGGGCGACCCGUGUCUGGUUUUGACCGCCGAUCCCAAGCCUCGCCUCCGGUGGACCCAGGACCUCCACGAACGAUUCGUCGAUGCUGUCACCCAGCUCGGGGGUGCCAGUAAAGCUACACCAAAAGCAAUCAUGCGGACCAUGAAUGUCAAGGGUUUGACUCUCUUUCAUUUAAAGAGCCAUCUUCAGAAAUACAGACUUGGUAAACAAUCAGGGAAAGAUAUGGGUGAAGGAUGCAAAGAUGGGAUGUCAGGCUCUUAUCUUCUAGAAAGCCCGAGCACUGAUAACAACUCUCCAAAGUUGCCAACUUCUGAUGCAAAUGAGGGUCAUGAGAUCAAAGAGGCGUUAAGAAUUCAGAUGGAAGUGCAGAGUAAACUUCAUUUGCAAGUAGAGGCAGAGAAGCACUUGCAGAUUCGCCAGGAUGCAGAGCGGCGGUACAUGGCCAUGCUUGAAAGAGCUUGCAAGAUGCUGGCUGAUCAAUUUAUCAGUGCGACAAUUAUAGAGCCAGACAGCCAAAAAGUUCAAGAUCUUGGAAGUAAAGCACCAAGAGGUUCCCUGCUUGAUUCUCUAGGAUUCUACUCCUUACCAUCUGCCGAGGUGGCUGGAGUGCAUGUUCCGGAGGGAAAAAUCAUGCCUAAUUUCGAGCGUCCUAGGACUGGCUGUUCCACGGAAAGUUGCCUAACAUCACAUGAGAGUUCUAAUGGGCUGGCUUCAGAAGGAUCUCCAGAUGGACUUAAAAAGAGGAUGCUGAGCGUGGACCCUGUGGCCCCACCAUUUAUCUGGAAUGAAGCCAAAAUUAGAGUUCAAGACAUCAAUGUAGCCCAAGGUAAUCUUCAUGGAAUAACCAGGUAUGGCAUGUAGGGAUGGAAGGUCUGUUUCAUGGUUCAUCCUGUGAUGAUAAAAACAGACCUUUGCGGUGUUCAUUCCUUUUUAUGUGAUAAGUAGUUUAAUUCUGAUCUGUUCUUGUCUGGUGUGCUGGUGGGGACAGAAGUGGAAUCAAAUUAGCCCAAUUUGUAAAUUCAAAUUGCUCAAAUCUUGCUCUAUUGCUUUCUUGCUAAUGGAUUCCUUUGUCGCUUAUUGCAUCAUGUUGGAUAAAGAGCCACUUUCUCUGAUAUAUAUUGUUUAAAGUAGCUUUCAA